AUGAGCUCUUCCCGAAAAUUAGAAGGUACCUUGAGGGGCCAUAAGGCUGGUAUUUCCGCCAUACAAUUUCUCUAUCUUCCCACCGCUCUCACCUAUUCAACGAGCAAUACUCGCCACCAUUUUCUCAAACCUACCCUAAUAACCGGAGAUGAAUCUGGUUUAAUUAUAUGGUGGGAUUUGACAACUAGGAGACAGUUGACUAGUUGGCAGGCUCACGGUACAAUUGAUUCGGCCUCUCCAAAUGCAGUAAUAACGCUUCAACAGCUUGGUAUUACGUGGAUGUUAUCACAAGAAGGUACAUACGAAUUUCCGGUAAUCGAUAAAAGGUGGUACGGAUGCUUGCUCAGUCAUGGCAAGGAUGGAGAGAUCAAAAUAUGGAGAUUGUUUAGCGUGGUCACGUGCGGAGAUUAUGGCCUGAAAUAUCAGCUAUAUACACCCUUACACCAGGCGUUACCCCCUAAAGUGGUGUUUCAGAUGCCGGUGAACAUGUUGAAUUUCAGUAACGUCGAGAUGGUGGACGACCGGCUUGUAACUCCUGGAACCGAGGAUUCCAACAAAUUUGACAUCUACACGGUUCCCAUUCCGGGAACUGAUGAAAGUGGUACUGGCCUUAAGAGACUCUUCAAGGCUGUGCAGUUUGAGUCGGACAAUCCAAACUUUACGCAUAGAAACGGUUUUGGGAUAGUGAUGAAGUUUGCAUGGAUUGACAGAGACCACAUUGCAGUGGGAUACGAGAGUGGUCACGUGGUAACUUACGAGUUGGCGCAGAACACCGUUAAGGCUAUAACUAUCAAUAGCAUUCAUACACCAGAACCAGUUACCGCUCUUUACUAUGAUUGGUCACGUGAUAUUAUUUUAAGUGCUUCUUCUACGGACUGUUUGGCUAUAAUGAGCGGGAGAAAAGCCAUAGAGACUUCGUCCUUAUCAUUUCCUGUCGAUACUACAUCGGCUAUCUCUGUACACCAUAUAAAGCAUCGAGGUAUAGGUGAUCUGAGUGUAUCUACAGAUGGUACAGUUGGAGUGGUUACGUGGGACGGAUAUACAAGAUUCUUCCAUUACACAGAGGGAAACAGUGAUUUGACGUUUGUAUUCAAAGUUAAGCGUCAAGCACCUUCGAUUUCAGAUAAUAGAAUUUCUUCCGACAAUGAUAUUAAGCAAGAGAGUCUCUUACAUUCUCAGAAGUCUUCUGCUCUGGUUUAUUCCAGGACUCAAAUUCCUUACACGUUUAUAAAGGAGUCAAGAACAUUGGAAUACAACGAUGGAAUGAGUAAGAAUUUGGUUCGACGGAGAUUGGAGAGGAACUUCGAUAAUCACUGGGCUCUGAUUGGAUAUAAAGAUGGUCGUGUAGCGGUAUAUAGUGAGAAAUAA